CGGAAUAAGACCCUCUUUCCGUGGCCCGGAAACUUCUGGAGAAAAAGAGAUAAAUUAAGACCGAGGAGGAAGCAAAAAGGCGUUGGAGCUCAGCUACCGGGAACCAACGACUUCUCCUGCUGAGAGAAUUGUCUGCAUAGAGAGAGGAAGGAUAAUGGAGUCGAGUUCGGAAUUGCUGAGAUCGAUCGGGGCGGCGUUAGGAGUGUCGAUAGGGAAUGACGUGGCGGUGGUUGCAUUGACGACGUCGAUCGCCGUCGUCGUUGGCUUGCUGGUUUUGGUAUGGAUGAGAACGAGUGAUCGGAGUAAGGAGGUGAGGCCCUUGAAGGUUCCAAAGGCCAGAGCGGUUGAGCAGGAGGAAGACGUGGACACGGGCAAGGUUAAGGUCACCGUCUUCUUCGGUACUCAGACCGGUACCGCCGAGGGGUUUGCUAAGGCUUUAGCUGAGGAGAUCAAGACAAGGUAUGAGAAGGCAGUUGUGAAACUCGUGGACUUGGAUGAUUAUGCUGCCGAUGAUGACCAGUAUGAGGAGAAACUGAAAAAAGAAACAUUAGCGUUUUUCAUGGUUGCAACUUAUGGUGAUGGGGAGCCAACCGAUAAUGCUGCGAGAUUCUAUAAAUGGUUUGCGGAGGGAGGAGAAAGGAGCCCCUGGCUUCAACAGCUUACCUAUGGUGUAUUUGGUUUAGGGAACCGUCAGUAUGAACAUUUUAACAAGAUAGGUAAAGUUUUGGAUGAACAACUUAGUAAACAAGGUGCAAAAUGUUUAGUUCCACUUUGUCUUGGUGAUGAUGAUCAAUGCAUUGAAGAUGAUUUUACUGCUUGGCGGGAACAACUGUGGCCUGAAUUGGAUAUAAUACUUAAGGAUGAGGGUGAUGCAAACUCUGCAUCUACACAAUACACUGCUGUAAUUCCUGAAUAUCGUGUGGUGGUUCAUGACCAUGGGACUAAAACUUAUGAUGAUGUGCAUGCAAGUAUGGCCAAUGGAAAUGCUGUGUAUGAUAUCCACCAUCCAUGCAGAGUUAAUAUUGCUGUUCAAAGAGAGCUUCAUACACCUGAGUCUGAUCGUUCAUGCAUACACUUGGAAUUCAACAUAUCUGGCACUGGCAUAACAUAUGAAACUGGAGACCACGUGGGUGUCUAUGCUGAAAACUGUGAUGAAGCUGUUGAGGAAGCAGCGAAGUUGUUGGGUCAGCCUUUGGAUUUACUAUUUUCUAUGCAUACUGACAAAGAUGAUGGUACACCCUUGGGAGGUUCAUUGCAACCACCUUUUCCUGGUCCUUGCACUCUUCGAACUGCUCUAGCACGCUAUGCAGAUCUGUUAAAUCCUCCUCGAAAGGCCACUCUGGUUGUGUUAGGUGCUCAUGCAACUGAUGCUGGUGAGGCCGAAAGGCUCAAGUUCUUGUCUUCUCCACAGGGAAAGGAUGAGUACUCACAGUGGGUUGUUGCAAGUCAAAGAAGUUUACUUGAGGUAAUGUCAGAGUUUCCUUCUGCUAGACCUCCUCUUGGUGUAUUUUUUGCAGCAGUUGCUCCUCGCUUACAACCGCGUUUCUAUUCUAUCUCAUCCUCGCCCAAAUAUGCCCCUGACAGAGUCCAUGUAACCUGCGCUUUAGUUUGUGGUCCUACCCCUACAGGCAGGAUUCAUAGAGGAGUGUGUUCAACAUGGAUGAAGAAUGCAAUUCCGUUGGAGAAAAGUCAUGACCGCAGCUCAGCUCCAAUUUUCAUUCGGCCAUCAAACUUCAAAUUGCCAGCUGAUCCUUCAAUUCCAAUUAUUAUGGUGGGACCUGGUACUGGAUUGGCACCGUUUAGGGGAUUUCUACAGGAAAGAGCAGCUCUUAAAGAAAGUGGGGUUCAACUUGGCCCUGCACUGUUGUUUUUUGGUUGUAGGAACCGAAGGAUGGAUUUCAUUUAUGAGGAGGAGCUCAAGAAUUUUGUAGAUCAAGGCAUAAUUUCAGAGCUAGUUAUUGCAUUUUCACGGGAAGGGCCUGAAAAAGAUUAUGUUCAAUACAAGAUGAUGGAAAGAGCUGCCCAUGUAUGGAGUUUAAUCUCCCAAAAGGGAUAUCUAUAUGUAUGUGGGGAUGCCAAAGGGAUGGCUCGAGAUGUACAUCAUACUCUCCAUACUAUUGUCCAAGAGCAGGAAAAGGUAGAUGCUUCAAAGGCUGAGGCCACAGUGAAGAAACUCCAGACGGAUGGAAGGUAUCUAAGGGAUGUCUGGUGAUCAUUACCACGCAUACUAUUCUGCCUGCAAAUUGCUGUGUGUUCCGAUUGCCAAUAUUGAAACACAGCGGUCUGAGUCUUCCCAACAUCUAAAUUUUGUCAUCUAGAGACUAUGAAUUUUCUUUUAACAUGUUAUUCAUCAAAGGUUCAUAAAUUUUAUUUUUUUUGAGAACAGAAAGGUUCAUAGUUUUUAGUACACGAUAUUUGUUAUACAUGGUUAAAUAAAUAAAUGUUUCUUCUCCCGUCCAAUUCAAAUGGAA